UUGAGUUUGUGCUGCUCGCCGGCAGCUAAAGGGUUUCUGACUUGGAGUUACGGCGAAGCAGGCAGCGAGGCGAAAUCAACUUGCGUGCUCAAAUUGGAAUGGCUUACUGGCCGAGGCUGUUGUUGGCAGCCUCUGGGCAGCGUAGACUGGUACACGGAGUUUGGGGUGCACGUCGCUGGACAGCAGUCGCUUAUAAAGUUUCAUCUCUCGCGUGCAGGAGCGGCGUUCAUGUGCACUUGCCUAAAAAUCAAGGAAAGAUUUUAAGCUGCCUAAAUGUCUCCUUGUUCCAUCGGAUGUUUUCUAAGCCGCCUAAAGGCUUUGAAAAGUAUUAUUCAAAGAAUGAAAAAGCACCUGAGACAAAAGGAACUGCAAGAGAAGCAAAAGGUGUUAAAGGUAAUGAGCAGGAGUUAAAAGGAAGUGGUGGUGGUAGCGGCAGUGGAAAAGAAAAUUCGGGAGGCAGUAAAAGGGGUGGAAAGCAACAGAAUUCAAGCUGGUGGAGUCGUAUUCAGAAGGGUGAUUUCCCUUGGGAUGAAAAGGAUUUUCGCUAUUUAGCCAUUAUGAUUGCAGGAUUUUCUUCAGGCUUUUUAUAUUUCUACUUCCGAGACAAUGGAAAAGAAAUUACUUGGAAAGAUUUUGUUCAUUACUACUUGGCUAGAGGCCUGGUAGAUCGCUUAGAAGUGGUGAAUAAGCAGUUUGUCCGUGUUAUUCUUGCUCCUGGUGUCUCCUCUUCAGAGGGGAGCUACGCAUGGUUUAAUAUUGGCAGUGUGGAUACUUUUGAAAGGAAUCUGGAAACAGCUCAGUUGGAGUUAGGAAUUGAACCCUCUCAUCGUGUUGCAGUGGUAUACAGCACUGAAAGUGAUGGUUCUUUUGCCAUGAGCAUGAUCCCAACAUUGCUGCUUAUUGGCUUCCUUUUAUUUACGCUUCGUCUUGGACCAAUGGGAGCAGCGCGUGGAGGUCGAGGAGGAGGAGGUGGCCUCUUUAGUAUGAGUGAAUCAACAGCUAAAAUGAUGAAGGACAACAUCAGUGUUAAGUUCAAGGAUGUAGCUGGCUGUGAGGAGGCCAAAAUUGAGAUUUUGGAAUUUGUGAAUUUUCUAAAAAAUCCUCAGCAGUACCAGGAUCUGGGAGCAAAAAUUCCAAAGGGAGCAGUACUCUCUGGUCCUCCAGGAACAGGAAAAACUCUUCUAGCUAAAGCAACAGCUGGGGAAGCCAAUGUGCCUUUUAUUACUGUUAAUGGAUCUGAAUUCCUGGAAAUGUUUGUUGGUGUUGGACCAGCUAGGGUUAGAGACAUGUUUGCAAUGGCAAGGAAAAAUGCACCCUGCAUCUUGUUCAUUGAUGAAAUUGAUGCUGUUGGGCGCAAAAGAGGGCGUGGAAAUUUUGGUGGACAGAGUGAGCAGGAGAACACUCUUAAUCAGCUGCUGGUAGAGAUGGAUGGUUUCAACUCAAGCACAAAUGUUGUUGUUCUUGCGGGAACCAAUAGACCGGAUAUCUUGGAUCCAGCUCUAAUGAGACCAGGAAGAUUUGACCGGCAGAUUUAUAUUGGUCCACCAGACAUCAAAGGAAGAGCUUCUAUCUUCAAAGUACACCUUCGUCCGCUAAAGCUGGAUUCACAAAUUGAGAAAGAUGCAUUAGCGAGAAAACUUGCAACCCUUACACCUGGCUUCACUGGAGCGGAUAUUGCUAAUGUGUGCAAUGAAGCUGCUCUGAUUGCUGCAAGGCAUCUAAAUGAGUUCAUACUUUCAAAACACUUUGAGCAAGCCAUUGAGCGCGUAAUUGGAGGUCUGGAAAAGAAGACCCAGGUUCUUCAGCCAGCUGAAAAGAAAACUGUUGCAUAUCAUGAAGCUGGCCAUGCUGUUGUUGGCUGGUUUUUGGAACAUGCUGAUCCUUUGCUCAAGGUUUCUAUUAUUCCAAGGGGGAAAGGUUUGGGGUAUGCUCAGUAUCUUCCUAAAGAGCAGUACUUGUACACCAGGGAGCAGCUAUUUGAUCGCAUGUGCAUGAUGCUCGGUGGGCGUGUUGCUGAGCAGAUCUUCUUUGGAAAAAUCACCACAGGUGCUCAGGAUGACUUGAAAAAGAUUACUCAGAGUGCUUAUGCUCAGGUUGUCCAGUUUGGUAUGAGUGAUAAGAUUGGCCAGGUUUCUUUUGACCUUCCCAGACAAGGGGAGAUGGUAUUGGAAAAGCCCUAUAGUGAAGCAACUGCACAGCUUAUUGAUGAAGAGGUCCGCUGCCUCAUUAACUCUGCUCAUGAAAGGACACUGAAUCUUCUUACUGAAAAGCGGGAGCUUGUUGAAAAGGUGGGAAAGAGGCUAUUGGAGAAGGAGGUUCUUGAGAAAGCUGAUAUGCUAGAAUUGUUAGGCCCACGGCCUUUUUUGGAGAAGUCUACAUAUGAAGAGUUUGUGGAGGGAACUGGAAGUUUUGAAGAAGAUACCACUUUACCAGAAGGACUAAAGAACUGGGACAUAGAGAAGAGCAAAAAACAAUUUGAUCCACCAGCAAUGACACAAGAGAAACAGGCAGUGUAAUUGGACACAAACGAUAAAGUAAAAAAAAAAAAAAAAAAAAUCAGCGAACAACACUGCCCAUGUUUAUAUUGUGACAGUAUAAGACAUUUUUUUGAUGUUCUGUUGAGCAUAUUAAAGGAAUGUGCAUUACAUUGUUUUUAAAGUUACAUAAUAAUACAUUGGGUAGGACAUCAUUCCAAAUGUGGCCACAGUGUAGCAAUGGAGUACAUUUGAAUGUAAUCUUUUUUUUUUUUUGGCUUGUUUGUAAGCAGGAUUGAUUGCUCAUAUAGAGUAAUUUUACAGGAAUACUGUGAAAAUUAGUUAUGUUGUAGUCAAAAGGUUUUUAAAACAGCUAGAUAAAUAUUUCACUUGUAAUGCAGUGUUACAGUAUUAACAGAGAUAAAGGUAAAAGUGUUCAUUUAAAAGAAAAUCCAUUUUACAGAUGAACCCAUUAAUCACUAAGACUUUUAUGUUGUUUAACAUGAAAGAAAAUAUGAGCUUCCAGUCUUUGUUCAAAUGUACUUCAUUGUAAAAUGUAUGCAGUGAAACCAUAGCUAUAAUAUUUGCAUAGCAUUUUGGUUAAUUUAUAUACUGAAACAGUUAGGCAAAGGCAAAGUUCAUGUCAUUUUUUGACUAUUCUUGACAUGUUUAGAUAAACAUGACAGUGGUUCUUUUUAGCAUUCCAUAGGAUAGAUAAAUUAUUUAUUAUUAGCUCUAUAGAUAUUUUAACUAUGUACAGUGUUUGGAAAGAUAUUUACUUUUUCCAUCCAAUAUCUAAUGACUUGUAAUUUGGAAGCCAUAAUGCCUUAUAUUUAAGAAUAUUUCAGUAAUUCACUUUUUCUAGUACUUUUAUUAACAGUUUCAGUUUCCUUGACUAUUUAUGACACUAGAGGGAGGAGUCGAAACCAAAGCAUACAAUCAUUGAGAAUAUUUUGUGCUUUAGAGGUGGAAAAUCCAGUUAAAUUUCUAAUCAUUUUCCUUCUUUAAUUAUGUAAUUAUUCUGGGUCAAUCAUGUCAAUAUAUUCUGAUGGCGGUACUUUAUGGUACAACCACAACAAGAAAAAAAAAUCGCUUGUCUAAACUUUAGUUGCAUAGUAUAAAUUCAUCAAAACAGUAAUAAUUAAAUAGAAAACAUGACUUGGGUGGCAUUCCAAAUAUAGAUGGUAGAAAGAAACUAAUCAUUUCUUCCUAUCUGGCCCACUUGAGUCAUUUUUCUUUGCAGUCAUGUGCUUUAUUGUGAAAGGUCUUUGACUGGUAUUGUUGAUUUAAAUUUGCAUUCCGUGUCUUGAAUCCAAAGGCCCCUUUGUAGUGUUGCUUCCUGGUAGGUCAGGGAAGUGCCCUCUUUAUCCCAGUCAAGCCCAAUUGAAGUGCCAGGCAACUACUGGGUUAGCUGCACUUCCAUAAAGUCAGCAGAACUCCAGUAUUCCCUCACUGGGUGGACUCAUCAGGCCAGAAGUGAUUCUAAAGUGAGGAUACAAGUCUGGAGACAAUUCAUAGAAAAGUUUGUAGUUAAAUAACAGGGAAAUCCACUGCUGAAAAGAUUUCACCCACAGAGCUCUUUACUAACGAUCCACUCACAAGUCCUCCAGUCUGUACACUUUAAGCAUUCGGGAUUGCAGUAUGCAAUUUCUACUCAUGCAUUAGACAAAUAUAUUAAAUUAACUCUCUCUUGGGGAAAGAGAAAAGCAAAAUGAAAAGAAAACUUGAUGCUGGGGGAAAAUACAAAGGUAAAAUUCAAUUCAGUUUUCAAUUUAGAAGCUCAAUAGCACAAGGAGUUUGUAUUUUGUAAUGAAUGCAGAGACAGAAGCAACAGACAGACAGACAGACACACACACUUAGACCUCUGCAGGUACUACUUGGCCCCAUGCAAUAUCAUUUAACUGUAGCAUCACUUUAUGUUGUAACAACAGCAAAUACAAUUUAGAUAAACAUUGUAUUCUGUGGAUAUACAAUGUGUUAAAAUGCUCAAGCUAUAUUCUGGUUUGAUUUGUUUGAAUUUCCAAGUACACAGUAAUAUGAACUUCCUUUAGUUAUUCGUUUAGACAUGCAGCCAGAGUGGUAUCCAUGUCAUUAGGUUUGUUUUGAGUGCCAAAAUAGCAUUUCCUGUUGCUCUUCAUCAUUAGCUCUCUUAACGCUAGUCCUUUUCACCUCCUUUUGGGUGAGGUACAACACACUGUUUACUCGACUUAAUAUUUUGCAAUUCAUAUUUUCGUGAACAUAGCUGUCAGUUCUUUCAAACAUACAUCGUACACUUUUGCCGUAACUGUGAACAACAGCAACAGUGUAUCAUUCACUUUUAAUUAACUUUAAAUUUCAAAGUAUAAAGUCAUUUUAAAGAAAGGUUUAUCCUUGCAACAUCCAUCCAUCCAUCCAUUGUCCAACCCGCUGAAUCCGAGCACAGGGUCAAGGGGGUCUGCUGGAGCCAAUCCCAGCCAACACAGGGCACAAGGCAGGAACCAAUCCCGGGCAGGGUGCCAACCCACUGCAGAUCCUUGCAACAGGUUGUUUUUUUGUAACACAUGCAGUGUGCAGAUGCACAUUUAUAUGUCUUUUAGAAGACUUUUUGGCUGUAGACAGUUCAUCGUAAUCAGAAGCUUUCUCAGUGUUGGAGCUGAUUAACAAGACCAUCAUCGCUCGCUGCAGUUCAGAAUCACCGCUCGUACCCUGAGUGCUGCCUUUAUGAGGCAGUGGAUGGGUUUAGAAAUGUUACGCAUUUAAUGAACUAAUUGUUGCCUCCUACUUUUAAGCAGAAUUCACUCAAUGUUGUCUCCAGACAUUUAUGUUAUAUGUGUGGUUCUGCAAGACUACUCACUGGGCAUCAUCCACAGGAGAGGAAAUACAACACUGACACCUGUCCAAGCAUGAUCACCCCUGGUCAGCACCCUUGUGUAAUUACAACUAGCUCUAAUGGUUAAAAAUGAUGGUCCCUGCUCCCUACAGAGAUGUGUAUUCCUCUUCAUAAUCUUAACUCUCCUGAGUUACUUUGUUCCUCAUAUGGAGCUGCCAUGCUUUCUUUGUCAGUAAUAUAAUUUUAUGUCAUUGCGACCAAUUGCUAGGUGUCUCUCUUUACUAAGAAGAGACCACUUUUCUUAUUGUUGUGCCUUGCCUUGAAAUCUUUCUUGCUACAUCCCCACAGCAGGCCAUCUGCACCAGUAGAUUGUUAAUCAUUGUGUUUUAUAGUCUGUAUAGUGCAGUUUAUGAAGGCAGAAACACAUUAAUCCUUUUGAGUUAAUUAAAGUUUAUUGUAUCAGAAUACCAUUUCAUCUCAUAUUGCCAAUAAUAAAUCAUAAAGCAAUAGUAAUCAUACUAAAACGUAUAAAAUCCAAUAUUAACAUUAAAGAUUACAUCUCAUGGGUUUAAUUAAGAAUGUGGUAACUUUUUAGCAAAAUCAUUUUCCUGAAUUUUAACAUUUUUUAUAAAGGGCUUUUUAAACAUUAUGUGCCUUUAUAGCUGAAACAGGUAUUUAAUUUUGGAUUUUGAACAAAUAAUUGUAAAUAUUGCUUGAAAUGAAUGCCCAUAAAACUAGAAUUUAAUGUUCAAACAACAAUUUAGUUCUUCAGGAUCUCAAAUCAAGUGUAAAAAAAUAAAUAAAUGGUGCUGAUUAAAAUGGACCAUUUGAAAGUAUCAUCUCGAUGUGUGACCAAUUAGCUACACAUAUAUAAUGAGCCAGCUUUCAUCUUACAUUUUACGCCUUGACCUUCUCCCCACUGGAAUGUUUAUUAUUUCAUUUUGUAAGUAUUGAUACUGGUGGGUGUGUGGGGGAUCUGCUGAGAUAACCAGUUGAUUAUCCCUGGUUGGAGCAGUCACUUUGUUUAAAAAAAAAUAAAAGUUAAAUGUUUAUAGUUUG